UUCAUUCGUUUUCGCAGCGUCGAAGCGCACGGUUCAUAGGAGGAACGGAACGGAACGGAGUGGAACGGAACGAAGCGGGGAACGCGACGGAAACAAGUUGUUGCUGUUUUUUGUCCGUGUUAAAAAAUUGACACAAGAAAAUUUAGUUACGCUUAAGCAAAGUCCGCGAGAAAUCUAUUAAAAAUCGUUCGUCGUUUUGUGUGUGUGACCACGAAAAGAAGUGCGCCGAUCGGAGGAUUUUAAUAAAUUCAAUUAAGGUCCCGUCUCAACGAUCGUUUUUCAUUGUCUGACGCUCACGCGUGAUGCACAAUUGAAAAAGUAAAAAUUUACAUAAAAUAAAAGAAAGGGAUCACAGUUAAAAAGAAAGUGAUCGACUGCACAAGUAUAAGAAUAGUUCCUUACCUCCUAGCCAGAAGUCAAAAGUGAAGAGGAAAACAGAGAGGAGAUAACAAUUAACGGGGCUUCCACACCAAAGUUCCUUGUUUGUAGAGAUCAUUGUAAUCAGCGCAGAUCGAAGCCAUAUAUAAAAUGAUUUCGCACAGUCCGCCCAUAUUCAGUCACAGUCCACCCGUUAGUUUUCUGGCGGACUUCAUGAGCGGACAUCCCCGUCAAUCGUUGAAUUACAAUGACGAGCCCAACAGAGCGUCGCGCUACUGCCGGCCCCAAGUGAUAACUCUGGCCUCCAAAGCCAUGGUCAACAACGCCUCGGCGGCGGUCCAGGGCCAGGGUCCCAGUCAGCAGAAGGCGGGUGCCACGCCCCUGGGCGUGGGCAGUCGGUCCGGACGGAGUUACCUGGAGCGAAUGGCCUCGGCGCCGCUGCUCACCAAUCAGCCCAAAUCCUGUCUCAGCCGCAAAUCCUGCCUGCACAAAUCCCAGAACAGUACGGCCAGUUCCGCAGAUCUCUCGCCGACGGACGCCGAUGUCACGGACAGUGCCAGCCAUAGCUGUAUGUGCGGCAAGGACAGCGACUGCGAAGUGAGCCGUGGCCCCAAAAAGCAUGUGAUCUUCGCUGAUGAUGAGGGUCUAUCGCUAACCGAGGUUCGUGUGAUGUCCGAGCCCUCGAAUGUGCCGCCCUACUGGAGCAUGAAGUUUCUGGAGCAAAUUACACAGGGCCUGGUCAGUCCACAUCCUCCGGAUCAGUGGACAGUGGACUUCAAGCAGCCAGCCUCAGACUAUCUAUCAUUUAGACAAAAGAUAGACCGUGAUUUUGUUUCCCUGGAGAAUGUGAUCGUCAAGGAUGAGGAGUCGAUUGUGGUGGGCACCAUCAAGGUGAAGAACAUUGACUUCCAGAAGGAGAUCAUUGUCCGUGUGACCUGGGACGAUUGGAAGAGCCAGCAGGACAUCUUCUGUACAUACGCCAGGGCCUAUGGACCGGCUACUUGUGCUCAUGUAGUCUUCGAUACAUUCUCCUUCAAGAUCACCUUGCCGCCAUCCUCCAAGCGCCUGGAAUUCUGCAUCUGCUACCGCACCAACGAGACAGAAUAUUGGGAUAAUAAUGAUGGCAAAAACUACACCAUCAGCAAGCGAUCGCCCUUUUAUUACAACGCCUUGUCGCCCUAUGAUAAGGGGCAGAAUCGCAACUCGAGCCAGCAAAUAAGGUCCACCCUGACCGAUGCCUUGGCCAAGGUGCAAGACCAAAAUGGCUGGCACCAGGAGCCACAUACGCCAUAUUGGUGAAAUCGCCUGGGAUCGGGAUGGGAUUUUCCUGACCCCAGCGAUUGAAUAAAGUUUCUCAUUUAGGCCACAUGAACAGAAAGAAACAGAAUUGGAACAGAUUUCAAAUGUUAUAAUCAGUUUUAUUGACAGAGAGAGAGUCCAAAAGAUUUUUAUCGCUAACGAAACUUUUUGACCUUAGCUUAUAUACCCGGUACAAAUAUCCCAAUUUUAAUGUGCCAUUGACUUGAGGUUUACUCAAAGAAAAAUCAAUUAGGAGGGCUUAUAACUACUUCUACUAAGCGAAGCCCGAAUUUGUAUGUCUUGUCCUUAGUCAACUUGAUGGAAUUUCAAAAUCGUAACUUCUAUGUUUAACUUUUUAAAAUGUUUUAUGUUCGACUGUAAAGAAUUUUGGAAAAAGAUAGAUUUAUAUGUUUACCUGUAUGCCUGUGUGAUCGUCUACAUCUACAUAUAUAACUGAUACUAGAUUUAUGUUAACAAAAACGAGAAAACCUUAUAAAAAUGAAAGAAGAUGAAUUUUGAGGCGUGAAGCAUCCAAGCAAACCAUUGUUUCGAAAUUUACUGCAACUGCAAAAUAAAGAAAACAAAACAAAACAAAAACACACAAAACACACAAUAUGCAACCACACAAGAAAACAACAAAAUUGUAGACCUAAGUUAAUUCGUUUUAUUACUUUUAAUUUUUGUUCUUUUCAUUUCAUUAUACACUUUUAUCUUUUUGGUUACUUGAAACGCUAAGACUGAAAUGGCUUGUUAUGGAGAAGAAAACACGUCCUGCAAUACAUUAUAUAAUAAAUAAAAAACAACGCAGCAAUUUUCGCAUCACCACACCACAGACAACAAAGUACUUUGUCCUCAUUGUUCUGUGUGAUCCAGACUAUCCCGACUAUAUACGAUAUAUACACCUAACUAGAUUUAAGCGAUUUGUACAUACAGCAGCAAAAGCAAACAAUAUACCAGAAAAUUGCCUGUUAAAUACAUUUAUAUACAUAUGAAUUUAGCUAUGUAACGAUGACUAGUGUUUAGUCCUUAGAGGUUAUUUAGUUAGUAAGGCGCCCAACUGACGUAAAGUGAAUAAAUCAACUAUAUAUGUGCCCAUAUAUAAAGCGUACUAUUUAAUUAUUUAGUUUAUACUGGACUUAUGGCCCAACGAGCCACUACAAUGCCUUAUUCAGCUCAAUGCUCAUAAACAAAAUAAAUAUUUUUGAAAAACUAAA